GAUUUUUCAAAACGGUUUUGGUGGAUUUUUCAAAACCUGCUACAAACUUAGCUCGAGUAUUUUCAGUUGAUUUUUGAGAUGUAUUAACUCCACAGACAUUUGUCAAUAUGAGUUGGGCAGUAAACGAGUGGAAGGAUGGACUCCCCCAUCGUGCCAUUCAGGAGAUUGGAAAACUUGAAACUCAGCUAGAUCGUAUGAAGAAAGAGCGAACACAGAAGCAAUACCAGUUGGAAACUAUUGAGCAGGCAUUAGCUACCCAGAAACGAAAAACAGAAGAAGAAAAAUCCCAGCAGACUUCGCUGAAACGAGAGAAUCAAACUUUAAUAGAAUCAUGUGACAACUUGGAGAAACAGCGUCAAAAGCUACAGCAUGAUUUGCAGACAAAGGAGGCUCAUAUUUCCAGUUUAGAGGGACAGUUAUCAAGAGCCAAAGAAAGACUUGAUGUUGAAACAAACAAAAAUGCACAAUUGAAAGGAGACUAUGAAAAAGCUCAAUAUGAAUACAAUAAUGCAGCUAAGCAGCUUGAGAAAUUGACUCAUGAACAUAGCAAGCUGCAACAACAUAGUGGGCAUCAGCAAAAGCAACUUGAUGAACAGCUAGGCAAGGUGCGGGGACUACAGGGUGAUCUGAAACACAUGCAAGGCACUCUUAAUCAGGGCUGUUCAUCAUCUACACUUACUGGGAGACAUGCAUCAGGCAACAGUGAGAUUGAUGAGCUGAGGCGUAAGCUGAGUGACCUUGAGACUCUACGAUCUAAAGAGAAGGAAGAAUCACAGAAAUUAGAAUCUGAAUUGAGAUCUCUACAAAUUAAGAUGGAUGAGACACAAGCAGGUACCCAGGCCAACCUUAUAUCCCUACAGAAGGACCAACAGCUCCUUGAUCUGAAGAGCCAGAACUUAAGUUCAGCUGCACAGAACAAGGCUGCUGAACUAGAGACACUGUUGAAAGAGCAGCAAGGGAUGUCUGACACACAGACAAAGCAGAUGGAAACUCUGAUUAAUCAGAUGAAACGGGAAACAGAAGCCCUGAAGACUGACAAUGCCAACCUUGAGUUGAGGAUCCAAUCACGUGAUAAAGAUCUUAAAAGUAAAGAUGGCCAGAUCAAGGAAAUCCAGAGAGAUCUUGAUGAUGUAACUAAAUUACUGAUGGAGAAGGACAAAAUUAUUGAGCAGUUGAAGUCUGAUCAAAGUAAACUGAAAAGCCAAUUAGAAGAAACCAGUCAGAAGGUUGUAGCACUAGAGCAGAAGACCAAGCAACUGACUGAGGAGCUUGCCUGCCAGCGCCACAAUUCCGAGGCUGCCCGCACCCAGCUGGAGAGCCGCUUCAAAGAAAAGGAAAAGGAACACAAGGUGGAGAUCUCAAGUCAGAUUGAGAUGAUGAAAUCUAUGGAUAAGCAACUUAAGGAUGAAAAGCAGAAAAUCCAGCAAGAACUGCAACAGGCUUUGAAUGAACAAAACAAACUAAGAGAUGAACUAGACAAGACAACAACCAGCAAAGGAAAACUUGAUAAGGAUUUCACUGAGGCUAAAGAGAGAUUGAAUAAGGCUGACUCUGCUCUAAAAGCGCAUGAUAGAGUCGUUGAAGACUUUGAGAAACAGAUCAGUCAAUUCAAGACCCAGAAGGAUAUGUUGAGCAAUCAACUUACUGAUAAAGACAAUAAACUAUGUCACAUGGAGUCUCAAUUGAAACAGAGCAAAGCUGACGUAGCUAGUAAUGAACAGAUGAACAGUGACCUUAAAGGCAAACUAAUGGAAAAGGAUCUAGAUAUAGAAAGCUGGCAGGCAAAAUGUGAACGUGAUACAACACAAUUGAACACAACACUACAAAAUCUGAAAAUCCAGCUGGAAAAUGUGCAAAGGGAGAAGCAGACCACAGAGAUGAAGGUGAAAGAGCAAGAAAGGGAAACUGCACAUGCAACAGAUAAGCUGAUGAACCUGGAGAAAGACUAUGAGACAGCCAAGAAGGUAAUAGACCAGCAAGAACAACAGAACAAGAGACUCCAGACUGAAAACACUCACCUAAAGGAACAACAUGAUAAAACAAAUCAGCUACUGCAAAAAGCUAACAAUGCCACAGCUGCACAGGAGAAUAAGCUACAGGAAGCUGAAAGGUCUAUUAAUGACCUGCAGCAGCAGUUGGAGGGCAGGAAGAAUGCUAUCAGUUCUCUUGAGGAGAUGAAACAGAAUCUUGCAUCCCAGCUUGACAAUGCCAAGUCUCAGACAGAUGCCAAAGUCAAAGAAAUAGGAAUGCUUCAACGUGAAAUCCAAUCUCUGAAGCAAGAAGGAGAGAAAGCUCAACAGCAGUUUGAAAAUAAAUUUCAAAAGCUUCAAAAUGGCAUGGAUAAACUUCAACAAGAUUUAGGGCUCAGUCAGCAGCAACUUGACAAGGAGAAGAAUGGGCACAACUCUGUGAAGAAAGACCUCGAAUCCCAGAAAGCAGAAAUUAUGAAUCUUGAGAAAACAGUCCGAGAUCGGGAAUCCAAAAUUGAGAUGCAAGAAAAGGAGUUGACCAAGGCUAAACAAGAUCUAGAGAGGACUAUUAAUGAUCUGGAGAUGAAACUGAAAAAGCUUGAUGCUGAUAGGGUAAACCAGAACAAGGAACAUGAAGAACUAGUCUGUCAGAAGUCUGAAGAACUUGACACUACCACUAAGGAACUCUCUGAGGCUAAAAAGGAGAUGAUGAAGGCGAACAAUCAGAUUCAGAACCUUGAAUCAUCUCUAGUCUCCUCCCGUCAAGAAGUCACAGACUGGGAGCAAAAGUAUAACAAGUUGAGCACGGAAAAAGGCCUUGUGGAUCUAGAGGUCACGGAGAAGUCUGAGCAGCUCACCCUUAUUGAUGCUUCACAUAAACAGGAAGUGGACAACAUCAAAGCUAGCCUUGAUAAAGUAACUAAGGAACUUGAAGUGGUACGUGCAGACUACAAGAAGGUGUGCACUCUAGCUGAUGAGAAAUCCAGUGAGUUGAAAAGGUUCAUUGAGCAACUUGAAGACAAGGACCAAGCCAUAGAGAGGCUGAAACAUCGAAUAGAUAUAGCUGAACAUGAGCUACAUGAUUUGACAGAGGCAAAUAGUGUCCUGAAUACUUACAAAACUGAAAGUGCAGAACAGAUGGCCAGAGAUAAAGAGGCACUUAACAAGGCUGAUGAUGAUAUCAAAGCUCUGUCAGCAGAUAUAGAAGCCAAGACUCAACAUAUGAAUCGUGCCAUCUCUGAUCUCAAAAAUGAACUAACAAAAGGUGAAACAAAGUAUAAAUCUCUGAAUGAAGAAUGCGAAAAACUCCAAAUCGCACUGGAAGAAUCCAGAACUGAAUUAACAACAAAGUCUGAGGCACUCACAAAAGCAGAAGAUACUGUUGCUUCAUUAGAGAUAGCCAUUCAGAUUUCCAAGUCUGAAACUACCAAGGUGAAAACAGAAACAUCUCAGGAAUUGGACACAUUGAAAUCGAAACUUGAUCUUUUACAAAUGGACAUAGAGGACAAGGAAGAAUGUGUUGAGCAAUACACAAACCAGUGCGACCAACUUGAAGCUCAAUGUGAUAGCUUGAAGAAGGAUAUUGAAACCAUAAAAGCUGAAAAGAUCGCAAUUGAAAAUGAGAAAGAUAAACUUGUUGGUGAACAUGAACUACUGCAGGAUAAGCAAGAUGCUCUGGAGAGGGAGAAUGAAGCAAACAAGAACAACAAUGUCAGUCUGAAGAAUGAACUCAAUAUGAAGGUAGAGAGUCUCACUCAAGAGAUUGCUAAAUUACAGCAAACAAUAGAAGAGACGUCCCAACUGUUGCAGACAAAAACCAAUGAAAGUGAAGACCUCGCUACUCAACUUACUACUGCUAAACUCCAAGCAGAGCAACAAAAACAACAAAUAGAUGAGUUGACCUCUUUGAAAGAUUCUCAUCAAGCUUCUAAAGUUGAUCUCGAGACAACAAAUAACAAACUAAAUGGGGAGAAAGAAAUAUUGGAGACCAAACUUGAAGAUGCAACUGCAGAGUUAGCCAGCAUUAAAGAUAAAUCAUCAAACACAAUUUCUCAACUACACAGUGACAUAAAGGUCAUUACUGAUAAGCUAGACGCUCUACAGAAAGAACUUGAUGAAGCAUCUACAGCUUUGGUCAGCAAAUCUGAUAACAUAGAAGAUCUUACAAAUACUCUAAAAGCAGCUCAAGAAAGCCAAGCCCAAUUAGAGCAACAAAUCACAGAAAUGAAAUCUUCAAGAGAAAAGGAAACAUCUGAUCUAGAGAAGAAAAUUAAUGAAAUGACGUUUGUUCUGGAAAACAAGGAAGAAGAUUUUGAAAGCAUCACUGAACAAUUCACUGAAACAACUGAAAAACUUGAGAAACUUUUGGAUAAAAAUGAAAAAUUAACAGCUCAAAUUGAAAGUGACCAAGUAAUGCUAGAAGCAGUUUCCAAAGAAAAGUCUGAAGCUCUAAACAUGCUUGCUGAUGCUCAAAUGAAAGGUGAAGAUGUCAUCCAGCAAAACACUGACCUUAAGAGUGAAAAGGAUAACUUAAAUCAACAAUUGAAGGAAAUGAGAGCAUCCACUGAACAUGCUAGGUCAGAAAUAACUAAAUUACAGCAAACAAUAGAAGAGACAUCCAGAUUAUUGCAGACAAAAACUAAUGAAAGUGAAGACCUCACUUCUCAACUUACUACUGCUAAACUCCAAGCAGAGCAGCAAAAACAACAAAUAGAUGAAUUGACCUCUUUGAAAGAUUCUCAUCAAGCUUCUAAAGUUGAUCUCGAGACAACAAAUAACAAACUAAAUGGGGAGAAAGAAAUAUUGGAGACCAAACUUGAAGAUGCAACUGCAGAGUUAGCCAGCAUUAAAGAUAAAUCAUCAAACACAAUUUCUCAACUACACAGUGACAUAAAGGUCAUUACUGAUAAGCUAGACGCUCUACAGAAAGAACUUGAUGAAGCAUCUACAGCUUUGGUCAGCAAAUCUGAUAACAUAGAAGAUCUUACAAAUACUCUAAAAGCAGCUCAAGAAAGCCAAGCCCAGUUAGAGCAACAAAUAGUAGAAAUGAAAUCUUCAAGAGAAAUGGAAAAAUCUGAGCUCGAGAAGAAAGUUAAUGAGAUGACAUUUGCUUUUGAGAACAAGGAGGAAGAUUUUGAAAGCAUCACUGAACAACUAUCUGAAACAAACGAAAAGCUUGAGAAACUCCUGGAUCAAAAUGCAAAAUUAACUGCUCAAAUUGAAAGUGACCGAGUAAUGCUAGAAGCAGUUUCGAAAGAAAAGACUGAAGCUCUAACCAUGCUUGGUGAUGCUCAAAUGAAAGGUGAUGAUGUCAUCCAGCAAAACACUGAACUCAAGAGUGAUAGGGAUAACUUAAAUCAACAAUUGAAGGAAAUUAAAACAUCAUUCGAAGUUUUUCAGACUGAAAUGAGCACACUUAAAGAGCAACUAGAUGAAUCCAGCAAAUCAUGCUCAGGUCUGACAGAUGAGGUUCAAGUGCUCACAACCACAAAAACUCAACUAGAGCAGGAUCUCAGCACAUCUGAGCAAAAGGUCAGCAGCAUCAACAUCAUGUUAACUGAACGUGAUAACCAAUUAUGUGAUUUGGAGGAAGUUUUGAAACAAAGACAAAGUGAAAUUGAUGAUCUCAAUAGUCAAAUAAGUAACUCUGACGAAGUUCUGUCAAGUAGCCAGAAAUCAUAUCUCGACAAUGUACAUGAACGAGAUCUCCAAAUCAGAGCUCUUCAGGAGAAGGUUGACACCCUAUUGCUCCAAGUUGAUGAUCUGGAGGCUGAAGCCAAGCAGAAUGCUAUAGAACUGGAAGAAGAGAUCACAGUUCUUAAGGACACUAUUGAAAAACUUCAACAAGAUAAAGAAAGAAUGGAGCACACUAUUGAGGACUUGAAAAAUUCUCUUAAGAAGUCAGAGCAAACUAAUGUGGAGUUGGAACAGUCAAUCUCAACUGUUAAAUCAGAAAUGGAGUCCAAGGAGUCUGAUAUUGAAGCUGUCACUGAAAGUUUCAAGCAACAACUGGAGCAGAUUGAACAGAAAUGUAAUACACAAAAUGAUAAAUAUAAUGAACUCCAAAAACUAUUGAACGAUGCAGAAAACAAAGUUUCUGAGAGAGAAACAUUGAUAGCUGAACAUGAGAAAGAAAUCUACUCCCUAAGAGAGAACAUUGAUGUCUUGGAAAAGGCAAGUGUUGAUCAAGAGAAGUCGUCAAACAAGGACCUUGAGCAACAGACACAAAAUAUUACUGCUUUAGAAACACAAGUUGAAGAUAGAAAUACAGAAAUAAACUCCCUCAAAGAUGAAAUAGCUACACUAGAGACCAACCUUUCUGAAGUUAAAAUGGAGCUUGAAAGCACUAAGUCUACAAUGUCACAGAGUCAAAAAUCGUUCACUGAUAAACUUGCAGAUGAGCAGAGUAUCCAGGAAUCCAAACUUGAAACAUUGAAAUCGGAGUUUGAAUUUGCUUUGGAGAAUUCCAAAGAAGAUAAUGAAAGGUUGGAAGCUGAACUUGAGGAAACAAAGGAAAAGUUGUCACAACAUCUAGACUCCACACAUGCCCAAGCAGUAGGUGAAUCUCAGAGGAUUGUUGAACUUGAAUUAAAGAUAGCAGAGAAUGAGAAUAUUUUAGAAGGAAAAGAGGCAGAACAUCUGGAAGCCCUCAAAGAACUUGCUGAACUCCAGGAACAACUUCAGUUUACUCAAGAUCGCAUUGAAAAGCUUCAAGGAAACAAUCGUGAACAGGUUGACAGCCUUCAGGUUUUGGAGAGAGAAUUUACUGAGGUGAGACAUGACCUAGAGCACACAGUUACAAAGAAACAAGAAGAGAUUAUUAAGCUAAAUGAACAGUUAACUGAAACUGAAACCAAGCUUAAGGUUAACGAGACUCAAAAGGAGGCAAUCAUGAUGGACUUUGAAGAAUUCAAGAAUAACCUGAAAAAUGAAGAGGACAAAUCUGCAGCUUUGACAACUAAGCUGUCUGAAUCUGAGUGUACCAUUGAAUCUAUCAGGGUUACGAAUCAGAGUUUUCAGGAUGAGAUCAGUAAACUGAAUGCUGAACUGUCCAAGGUAAAAUUUACUCUAGAGGGGGUACAGAAUGAAGUUAUUUCAGCAGAAAAUGGAAUUGAAGCAAACAGCAUUGUACAAGAAACUGAGCAACAGCAGCUUAGAAAUGAAAUUGUUAUAUUGAAAGAACAAAUUGAAAAGUUAAAUAGAGAACUCUAUGAUUUUAAAUCCAAUGCAGAAUCUGCUCAACAUACUGCAUUGAAUUACAAGGAGGAAGUACAAGUAUCGCAGAGAAUCAAUGAAGACUUCGAAGCAACGAUAUCAAAACUGGAAGAAGAAAAGAAGAAAGUUCAAGAUACUGUCCAAACAUUGGAAUCCCAUAUCUCUGAAUUGAAAGCAACAGUUGAGGACCUGAAACACAAAGCUGAAUCUUCAACCAAUGAACUUGAGAUGACUCAAGCUGCUGUAGAAGAGACAACCAAAGCUUAUGAAAUAGAAAAAGACACUUUGACCAGUCAGAUUCAAAACCUAAAUGUUGAAGUAGACAGGCUGAGGUUACAUGCAGAAGAGUUACAGGGGAAAGCUGCUAAUAAAGACACUGAAAUAUCUGCUUCAGAGGCCUUUAAGGAUGAUCUCACAAGUGCAGUAGAUAAACUUGAAGAAGAAAAAGCUGAGCUUAACAUCCACAUCUCACAGCUUACCAAUGAACUUGCAGCCAUGAAAUAUAAUGCAGAGGCCUCCCAGAGCCAGGUCUCAAACUUUCAAUAUGAACUUGAAAGCACUCAGUCUGUGAAAAGUGCAAUAGAAGAGGAACUGCAAAGAGCUGAAAAUGAUAAACUGAAACUGAGUGAUAAGCUGGAAGCAGUAGGUGCUAAAUUGUCUGAAGUACAACACCACCAAGAUGAGACUUCUCAUAAAUUGAGUUGUACACAGAGCGAACUUCAUUCAACACAGGCUCAUGCUGAGGACCUAGAGGGUCAAUUUGAUAAAAUAGACCAAGAAUUCAAAGCUGUUCAAGAAAAACUAGAUACCUUGGAACUAGAGAAUUCCAGACUGAAGGACGAUCUCAAACAAGCCGAGACGGAGUUAUUCAAUAUCAGGAAGCAAAGACGCAAAAGCAGAGAUGGAAAGGACAUUAUAGUAAGCCAUUUAGAUGAAGUAGAAGAUGAAAAGAAUAAACUUUACGAACAGCUGAGAGAGUGUGAACACACAUUGAAGUCUACAAAAGAGGAAUUAAGGCAAACACAUAAAGAAAUAGCAGCUCUCGAAGAUCAGUUAACAGAUGCUAAACAGGCAAAUGUUGACGUCAACAAUGCUCUAGACUCAAACAAAUCUGAGUUGGCUGAAGCAAAGGAGAAAAUAUCUGACCUCAGAUUGGAGUCAGGAUUCCUUGUGGAAGAGUUAGAUAAAUGGACCAGUAAGUGUAAUGAAUUAGAAACCAAAUUAAGGACCCAUACUUCAGAAACUUUAGCCUCUGAGCUUGAUCGUGUUGAAUUGGCUACGAAAGCAAAGAGCAUGGAUGAUGAAUUAGAGACUUUGAAACAGAAUUUGGAAGAUGCUGGACAGGUUGUUGAAAGCCUUAAAUCUGAUAAGGUAAAACUCCAAGAAGAAAACAAUGACCAGAUCGAAUUGAACCAAUUGACCCAAAUUGAAAUACAAGAGCUCAAUGUACAAAUCAAGGAGCUAAGAAUCAAGGAAAAUGAUCUUAACAAAGCACUGAAAAUAUCAGAAAAACAAAUUAGUGAUUUGGAGGUUGAGAAAGAAUCAACAACUGCUGAGCUAGAAUCUGUUAAGGUUAAGAACACAGAACUCGACAAUCAGGUAGCAACAUAUGAGAAUGAAAUUGGAGAAAUAAAAAUGACUAUCACUCAGUUAUCUACUAUAAUUGAGAAAUAUGAGAGUGAUAGAGUUACCCAAGCUACUAAACUCACUGAAACAGAAGAUUUGGUCCAGGUUAUCCAAGCAGAGAGUCUUGACCUCCAAGCUGAAGUCACCUCCAAGCAAGAAAUUAUCAAAGCCCUUGAAGCAGAAAAGCAAACAACUCAGAAGUCUUUAGAAGAGAAACUCUCAGUUCUUGAAGCUGUAGAAGAAAAGAUAAGUACAUAUGAGAUGGAAAUGUUGGCACAGGAAACAGAGAAAAAUGAACUUACAGCACAACUGAAUGAGAAAUCAAAGACCCUAAAGGAAUUGGGGGAAACUUUAGCAAAUCUGGAGCAAGAAACAAGGAAAGGCGAGGCUGAGAAGAUCAAAUUGAUUGAAGAGCUUGAGCAUAAACUUGAAAAUGUUGAAAGAGAGAAACAAGAUGUCCAAGACAAGGCUGAUGAGUUGAGCAAAGAGUUGUCUGAAAUGCAGGAUAAAUUCUUUGAUGACCUCGAGGUGAAAUACAGUUUAGAGAAAGAACACACAGAACUGAAAGAGAAAUUCACUAUCUUAGAGAAUGAGAAUGCCACAUUGUUGGCAGAGAAGACUUCCUUAGAAGAUCAAAUUAAAUCAACCAAAGAUGAAGUUGAUAACAACAAGAUUGCAACAACAAAUAUUGAGAAAAUGCUUCACACUGAACAGAAUGAAAAACGUGAACUACUGAACCAGUUCUUGACAUUAGAAAAUUCCAAAGCUACAUUAGACGGAGAAAAUAAUGGGCUCAAAGAUGAGAUAUCAACUCUAAAUGCGGAACUAAAGCAGUCUAAGACAGUAAUAAAUGAAGUAGAAGUGAGAGAAAGGGCCCUUAACAAGGAGAAAUCAGACCUACUAGAAUCUGUGUCUAGUCUAGAAGACUCCAACAAUGCUCUUAAGAAAUCAGUAUCUGACCUAGAGGGUACAACUAGAGAGCUUGAGGCAAAGCUUGAGGCCACUGAGAAGCAGUUGACAACGAAGAUAAAUGAGUUGAAUGGUGAAGUUAGUGCUUCACUCUGCAGGAUGGAUGAGACAUCACAACAAGCUGAGAGCUUAAAGCUUGAAGUUGACGCUUUGCAAACAGAGAAAGCUGAUCUAGCUGAGGAACUGAAGAGGAAGGAUGCUGAGAUUAAGGCUAACAACAGCAAAUACACUAAAGACAUUGGUGCCUUUGAGGAGAGGGCAGACAAGAUACAGGAAGAGAUGGACGCAAAGAUUAACUCUCUGACUUCAGAUUAUGAGACUAAACUAGAUGAGCUGAAAAACGCAAACAGAGACCUCAGCACGCUUGUGGAGGAGGGUAAGAGGUCUUUGAAAGAUGCAUUGCUCAAAUUGAAGAGACUGGAACAAGAGCCUUCUCCAAACCAAAAACAGAAAAAUGAGCUGAAGAAACUUGAAGCUGUCAAUGCAAAGCUUCGCAGCGACCUAGCUGAUGAGAGAACUAAGUCUGAUCAACUCAAUGAGAAACUAAAAUUCUCUGAUAAUGGAUCUAUUGAGGAGGGCAGCAAACUAGCAAGUGAAAACACACAGUUGAAAACAGACAAAGAAUUGUUGAAGGAGAAGUUAAAGCAAACUUUAACGAAGCAAAAAUCAACUGAAUUGGAACUUGAAGAGUCUAAAUGUCAGUAUGAGAUUCUCUUCAAAGAUGGAACGGAAGACAAGGAAGAAAUUGAAUACUUAAAGACUACACUAGCCAGCAAAAAGAAGGAAUCUCAUGACUAUCUCAACAAAUACUUCAAUGAAAUUAAAAAAGUAAAAACUCUCGAUAAACAGGUCAAAAGCUUGGAGAGGAAAUUAGAAAAAUAUAGUGAGAAACUACAACAGCUUGGGAUGUCCAUAGAAACAACAGAUGCUUUGAAACCCAGUAAGGAUGUUGCAGCAACAACUAACCCUGCAAGUUCAGUAGCCCUGGAGAAAUCAAACCCUGUGAAUAUAGUGGCUACAGAUCAGACAAUUUCCAAAGACAGUGAUAAAACUGACUUGAAAUCAAAACUUUCAAAUAAAUCUAGACUUUCAACUCAGCGGAAAUCCAAGACUGAAACCCAAAACCAGGGUGAAAUUAGUACAAAUACAGACAUUUCCAAUACAGUUGGAGUGAAACGUGAAGCGUCGACACCAUUAAAGACACGCACCCAAUCAAAGCGCAGUAAGGUAGAAGAGGAAUCCCCAGAUGUUGAUGUUCAGGGGAGACCAGAAGUUGUCAGCUUAGGGUUUGCAGAUAUUCCCAUGGUUGAGCCAAGUCCAGGAAUAGUGCGUCGUUCCACCAACAUGCCCAUUACUCCUAGAGGUCGUGGACGUGUUGCCAUGGAGCGUAAUCUCCACCAUCCUGGCCUCAAUAUUCCCAAAAUGCAAUCUCUUCAAGAGGAGAUAGUGCCAUCUAGUAAGUCAGAUGCCCCCUCUCUGAGCAAACAGCGAAGUAGACAAUUGAGUCAGGAAAAGAACAUUAGAGACUAUAUCAAUAGAGUUAGAACUAGGUCACAAGAGGCAAAACUCUCCCAGGAGCAACAAUCACAGGAGGAUAAAAAGUCUUCCCAGGAGCCCAGACAAUCUCAUAAUACUCGGUCUCAGUCCACAGCUCUAGCCACACUAACGAAUAGUCCCAAGAAACAACCACCCACAUCAUCCACAACAGGAGGACCAAAACGUGUACCAAGAUCUUCAAACCGCUCAUUGAGCUUGAAAAAAUCACCAGAAAAUGUCCGACAGCAACCAAGACGUGGUGGAGCACGUACCCAGAAUACUGAUGAAGAAAAUUGUAAAGUGCAGUAACUGUUGAAUUAUUUUGUGAAUGUGGAUAGCAUGGUUGGAUGCUCAAUUGACAAUGUUGGUCUGUGUAUGCUGUAGUCAGAAGUGAUUCAUUAUGUAUGAUAUUUUACAAUAUCGUAACUAUAGGCAACAGGACCAUUGAAUCAUGUGGUUGAUCCAAAGUUGUUGCAGAUUAAAAAAACGUAUGAGUGUUUGUUAAAUAUAAUAGAUAACUACAUUUACAGUAGAUGAGUUUUUAUUAUUUAUAUAGAUAAUAAGCAAUAACUCAUUGAAGGAUGAGUCAUUGUUAUUAAGAUUGUUAAAGAUACAUGAUAUAUGUGGUAUGUAAUUGUUAAAUGGAACAUUCACACACACUGGCACACACACAGUCUCAUACACAGAUAUAUUCAGUUUAGGGGUCAUAUCCAAAUAUUUUCAACAGUUUUCUCCAUCUAAACCUCCUCCAUCCCCUUACUCUCAUUUAUCACUUUUGAACUUUUUUGUUUGUCGCAUUUACACUGCUACAAACAUUAUCAGACCCCUUGUUUUUUCACAAAUAGUGAUAUAUGAUAUUUGGAAAUGACCCCUAAACUUUCAAAUGCAGCAUGUAAAUAAAAAUUGUAUAUAUGUAUAAAACUCAACAUUCUUGCAGGACAUAAUGCUUUUGUAAUUAAACAUUAUAUCAUAAAUUAGAAAAGAGUAUUCAAGAACUAAAUGAGAAAGUGCAUGUAAUUUAUAAAAGAAAAUUGCAUUACAUGUCAGUUUGUGUGACUGAUUGUUCGAUGUAGAAUUACAUAAUAGGCCUAAUGUAUAUAAAUAUUUUAUUUCGACGUGUGUCAUGUGAGUCCACCAUCAUUACAAUCAUUUCUGCCAUGUUUGCUACUGUCUUGUUUGUUUUGAUAUAUUUAUAGUGUUCAGAGAGAGAUUUUAUGAAAAACUAGUACAUGCAUGCGUCUAUGAAUCUUUUCUACAGUGAAACCUGCUUGAACACUUGUGUGUAAAACUUCAGUCUUUAUAUGUGCAUAGCAAAUGCCAGUUUAUGUUAAGUAGUAUAUUUGUAUACGAUAAGGGUAUGUACUCUCUAAGCAGUUCACUGUCCAGGACACUUAGGCACAUCUGCAUUUCUGCUUCUCAUUGUUGAUUAUUGUGUUACAAAGAGAGAAAUAAAUUCAUACACUCCUUUUUGUUAUCAAAUAUGUACUUUAGUAUGUACAACAUUUAUUUCACUGGUUUUUUUCAUAAUUAUAUUUUUGUGUAAACUAAAUGGUUCAAAAAACUGACAAAUGCUACAUUU